AUGGCCUCCGGAGUCGUUAAUAUUCGUCGCGACGUCGAUGACAAGUUCUACCGCUACCGCAUGCCACUUCUUCUCACGAAGAUCGAAGGCAAAGGCAACGGCAUCAAAACCGUGAUCCCCAACAUGUCCGACGUAGCGCGCGCACUUUCCCGCCCGCCCACCUACCCGACCAAAUUCUUCGGCUCUGAGCUCGGUGCGCAGACGACCGUCGACGAGAAGAACGACCGUUACAUCGUCAAUGGCGCGCACGAUGCCGCCCGCCUCCGCGAGCUCCUCGAUGCGUUCAUCGACAAGUUCGUGCUGUGCGGCGCGUGCAAGAACCCGGAGACGGACCUCAUCCUGACCAAGGCCGAGAUGAUCGUGCGCGACUGCAAGGCAUGUGGCGAGCGCAGCAGUGUCGACAUGCGCCAUCGCCUCACGACGUACAUUAUCAAGAAUCCGCCGAAAAAGAAAGGCAAAGGGAAGAAGAAUGGCGAGCACGCGGAGGCACCUGCAGUGCCCGGCGAGGCAAACGGCGCGGGUGACGGCGAGAAUAUGGAAGGUGAAGAGGAGGACGAGCUCACGAAGCGCAUCAAGGCGGAGGCAGCCGAGUUGAACAGUGAGGCAGCGGUCCUAGCGAAGGAAGAUUGGUCGGCGGACACUUCGCCCGACGCUGUCAAGGCGCGCGUGGUCGCGCUGCAGGGAGCCAUGGCAACCAUGUCGGUCGGCGGUGACGACGACAGCGACGAAGACGCAGACAGCCCAUACGCGCAGCUGGGGCGAUGGGCGGAGGUCAACCACGACGUCAGUGCAGUCGAUGUGUACAAGAAGGUUCAGGAGCUUGGGAUCGAGAAGAAGCACAAGGCAGUGCAGGUGCUCGCACAGGCGCUGUUCACAGAGAACGUGGUCGCGGAGAUCACCAAGUACAACCCUGUAUUCGUGAAGAUGGUUACGUCGGAGAAGCACCAGAAGUCGCUGCUGGGAGGGAUCGAGCGGCUUGUGGGGAUGAUGCACCCCGAGCUGAUCCCUGCGAUCCCCAAGAUCUUGAUGGCAUUCUACCAGGCGGAUAUCUUGGACGAGGAGGUAGUGCAGCAGUGGGGCACGCACGUCAGCAAGAAGUACGUGGACAAGGAAACGAGCAAGAAGGUGCGCAAGGCGAGCGAGCCGUUCUUGAAGUGGUUGGACGAAGCUGAGGACGAUGAGGAGGACGACGAAGACGAGGAGUAG